GUCGGUUCAACAAGAGCUAUCGCAUAAAAUGGCCGUUCUCCGAGAACAAGCAACACAGCUGGGCCUGAAGCACGAACGCUACAAGACAGCGACACGCCUGAACGAGGAGAUCAGUGCGGAGGUGGACGCCUUGCUGCGAAAAAUGGAACAGAGAACCAAGACACACGGGGAGGAGGUACACGCCAUUCGGCAGGAGGUUCUGCACUUGAGACAGCAACUAGAGUCAACUUUCAGGAAGACUCUCAAGGACCUAGGGGGCACCUAUCGACGCAAGGUGACAAACGCGUCAAGCCAUCCUGGCGUAGAUCAGAGGUCUGUCGCUCUAAAGGAGAAUAUCGCAAAGGCUCCCUUGUAGUGGUUUGGUGCCUCUCUUGCGGCAACCUCUCUUGCGGCAAUUUCUCAACACCACACGUUUGGGAGAGAGCAGUCGAAAUGGGUUGACGUUGGUUCGCAACAACUCGAGAGCCUCUGUGAAUUGGUUUUCCGCAGGUAGUCGGUAUUCGUUGCCGUGCUUGAGGUGGAGCAGCCCAAAGUUCCGCUGUGUGUAUGAGGCAGCGAGGUUCACCCCCGUGAUGGUAUUCUUGUGAUUUCGAAACUACGCGCAAUCGUGGGUCAAAAGCUGCCGAUUCAGGUGUCUAGUCUGGAUAUCGCCACCGUGAAACAUGGACAAGUACGGCAAUAUCGGCUCUAUAUUGGGUUUAGGAGAGAACGGAAAACUCUGACAACACCUCAAACUUCAAAACCAGUUCAUCGCCUAUCUCGGAGGUGGUGUCAGUUCAAGUUGUUGCGUGAAGCCUCUGGCUCCUACGUCAAGUGACGUUACCAUUAUGGCGAACCCUCUGGACCCACGCAGUUUGUGUUGGAAGUUGAGUGCAAGGGCCAAAGGGGGCUACAGAGUACUUGAGGAGAGUGACAAUUUAGGCUGCUACAUGGUACAAUUCGCAGAUGUUGUACUCAGGCCCUGUGUCAUUCAUUGCACGCACCUCGCCUCCAUGCUUUGGUGGCUUGUUGUUCUGAGAAUACUUUCAAUUAUAUAUAUUAUGGGAGCGACGUCGAACAUUUUCGGGUGGAACAAUCGUACCCCUUCGCAUUCGAGCAUAGGCCUUCGAAGCUCUGGCGAGUGAAGCAAAGACGGACAUGCGGGCGAACAAGAUUUUGAGGGAGGAGAUGGCCUUGCAAGAAGUAGGUGCUUGUUGGUCCAUCGGCAGUGGUAGCGCUGUGGGGGCCAUGCGUGUUGCCUGAUCGCCCCCCCGCCUUAAGAUGGGUGAUGGUUCAUAGCCUGGCUAGUGAUGAAGCAAUUUCUUCGUCUAUUCUAGGAACCCGUAGAGAUACCUCUAGGACAGGGCAUACCACCGUGCCGUCAUGUGCAUGGUAAUUCGCUCUUCUAGCUUGUAGCCCUCCUCUUUCAUCCAGGGUGUGACGAGGGGUAGGCCUCCUCGACAAAACAAAACGAUGAUCGACGCCGCUCGGGAAGGUGAGGGCGAGGUUUGAUUGUUCGUUUGACUGUUCGGGAUACUUAAUUUGUAGGGGACUCCACCACCAGUCCAAGCAAUGCGGUCUACUUUACACGGGGGGGGCGUUUCGUCUCCCUUUGCUCUUGUUGGUCUAAUCCUUGAGUUUCUUCGUAAAUGUUUGCAUUUUCUUUUGCUUGUUAGGUGUUCUAGGCAAGCUUAGGACCACGAAAAAGCAUAUGCUUGCGAAAAAGCAUAUGCUUGAUUUAAAGAGCACAAAAGAAGGCUUGCGGUAGAGAGAUCUGAGUGACACUAAGUGUGGCGACACCAACAACACCCCGUCGUCCAUCUGAAACAACGCCGAAACUGUAAACUCAUGAGUCCCAUCUGAAAUGAUAGGUUUGUC